AUGAGGCAACACUGUGCACUCAAACAUGGAAUACUCAAGGAAUUCCUUGCAGAAUUCCUGGGGACAUUUGUCUUGGUUUUGUUUGGCUGCGGCUCGGUCGCUCAGACUGUCCUCAGUCGAAACACCCUGGGGGAGCCUCUCACCGUCCACAUCGGCUUCUCCGUAGGACUCAUGAUGGCAGCGUAUGUGGCUGGUGGAGUGUCAGGGGGUCAUGUGAACCCUGCUGUGUCUCUGGCCAUGGUGAUCCUGGGCAAACUGAAGAUCUGGAAGUUCCCCUUCUAUGUCAUCGCUCAGUUUCUUGGAGCUUUUGCUGGAGCUGCUGCAGUCUUUGGCUUAUACUAUGAUGCUUUCAUGGACUUCACCAGUGGGAUUCUGUCAGUGACGGGAAUCAAUGCAACAGGUCACAUUUUUGCCUCCUACCCUGCGAGACACCUGUCAGUCCUCGGCGGCUUCAUCGAUCAAGUGGUGGGGACAGGUAUGCUGGUCUUGUGUAUCCUGGCUAUCAUUGAUGGUGGAAACAUCGGAGCUCCCAAAGGUGUGGAGCCGCUGGCCAUUGGGCUGAUCAUCAUGGCCAUCGGCGUGUCCAUGGGACUGAACUGUGGCUACCCCCUGAACCCUGCCAGAGACCUGGGACCCCGUCUGUUCACAGCUGUAGCAGGAUGGGGGAUGGAGGUCUUCAGCACUGCAGACUACUGGUGGUGGAUCCCCGUGGCGGGGCCCAUGGUGGGCGGCGUGGUCGCAGCCGUCAUCUACUACCUGCUCAUCGAGCUGCACCACCACCGCGAUGACCCCGAGAAGCCCCAAGAGGAAGAGGAGGAAGAGGAGGACGAAGAGGACGAGGACAGCAGUCUGAAGGACAAAUACGAGAUGAUCACCAUGAGCUAAAAAGAAAGAAAGAAAGAAAAAAAGACAUUAACCUUAACUGAGACACACUCAGCUGUUUUACUGUGGGUCAGGUGGAGAAUGGCCAGCACAGCUUCCACCUGUAAGGACAAGCUUCCUCUGUCAGUGUGCCCUCUUUGGCAAACCCCUUAAUAGCAGCAUAGGCUGUAGUUACUCUUCUGAUUGACUCAAUGCUCUGCAGAGGCACGCUUUUCAGCUCAGUCAUGACAAAAAUAGAACAUUUACAGGUCAAACACAAACUAAGAAACAUUUUAGAUAGAGAAACUGCAGCUGUACUGACCACUGCGGUGCUGCUGUGGUCUGUGCUGUGCGUAGAAAUGCAGAAAACAAGCAAAAUGUUGCACCGUCUUUGUAAAGUACUGAACCCAGCGUCCAAACACUGGACUGUCUUCUUUGCAAUUUAAAUUUUUAUGUUUUAUGUCUCACAAACACAUGAAAAUCCUAAAAAAAAGUCAUGACUUUUCACAUGUUGUAAAUACUGUAGAUAUUAGACGAACAACACCUUUUAUUUGUCUGUAUUCACUUGGAAGCAGUUACUAUUGGAUUAAUAGUUUUCCAUUAGGUUAAGUUUUUCUCCUGUUGUCUGCAGUGCUUGUGAUGAUAUCUGUAUAUUCACAUGGGUUUUUGUUUUUGUUCUAAUUUAUACUCAUUUUUGUCUUUUUCAAACUGUGAGGGAUCCUCCACCCUGUUCAUUAUUAACAUUUGUAUUUUACUCAGUAUUGUUUUGUCUACAUUAAAG